CAAAAUGUGACUCCAAGAUGGAUGGAUAAAUUGACUUGUCCGGAAACUAGAAUAAGUUAUGUGGGUUUGGCAUAGUAACUAACACUUCAAUGUGUGUGUAUCUCUACUUAUAUUAAUUCAAAGGUGGAUUUAUUAAUUUGUUAAAUGUACAAUAAAUGACAAUGAUGAAUAAAAUACAUUUACAUUAACUAUUACUAUUGAACAGUUCAUAAUUCGUAUAUGCCUUAUAAUAUAAACACUAAAAUACUGGAUAAGUCACAAUACCAUUUUUUAAACUUGAUUUGCCGGACAUUAUGAAUCAAAUAACAUGGUUAUCUGUAUUACAUUCCAAGGAAUACUUUAUACUCAUACUAAGUUUCAUUACUUUUAUUCCUUCAUUUGUAUCAGUAAAUGAAAUACAUGAGUUAAAUAGACAAACGAAUGAUUAUCCAUCGAUUGAGAAAAUAUUCUUCAAAGUUAAAGAAGCUGAACAAAUUAAUUUAUUGAAUAAUGAAAAGAUUAAAGCAGAACCUGAUCAAUUAAUUGUGGCCCCAAUGAGAUUUAGUCGUCUAAGACGUUAUUUUAGACAUCAAAAACGUAUGAUGAGAGCACAACUUAGAAUGAUGAGACUUCAAAGAAGAUUGUACCGUCGACAUUAUCGUCCUCGAUAUGGAUAUGGUUAUUUUCCAUAAUCAUAAGGUUGAAUCAUUUAAACACCCCCCUUAUCGAUUUUUUAUUGAUUAAAACGAUGAACUUUCUGAGUGUUUAUCAAUCAAAUUGGUGAGUUAUAUUAAUGAACUUCGUUCUAUUACAAAUUCCGUCAAAGGAAAUUUCACAUCUACAUUACUCUAUGAAAUAUGAUAUGACAACCUUUUUAAUUACCUCUAUUUAAUUGUUUCUAUGUAUUCAUGAAUUCACUUGAAUAAAUCUUAAUAAGUUGUCAUGGCUUUA